UUCCCCAGCUUCACCUUCCAAUCAUGAACUCUAUCUCCCUCAUUGCUCUUCUUGUACUCGUCGCCGGAGCCUCUGCUCAAUGCUUCGGAGGUGGUUGUGGAGGAGGAUGCUUCGGAGGAAACUGUGGUGGAUGUUCGGGUAACAACUGUGGAUGCAAUGGAAAUAACUGUGGACCACAAGUCACUGUAGUCCAGGUCCCGAAUAACAAUAACGGAUGCUCGUGCAACCCAUGCAACGGGGGAGGAUGUGCUCCAAGAUGCAGCUACUGCCCAAAUAACUUUGGGUACUCUUCGUGUUGCAAUAGCAAUAACUUCUCCUGCUGUGGCUACCGUUUCCGUCGUAACAUUGUCAAGGCUAUUGAGACUUCCGCCGAGCCAACGAACUAAAUCUGAUUCUGAAUUGAAUUUUCAUAAUCCAAUCGAAAUAUUUGUAUAUUAAUGUGCUCAACUAUUAAGUUACCAAAUAAAAUAUUUCAUUUUUCGAA